AGUCGAUUUAAUUUAAAAUCCUACGUAGUCGACUUAGUUUACCUAAGAAUUCUUCCAACAUCGCUCUUGACAUUACAUCACUAGCUGCGUCUUAAUCUUCGGGACCCAAUAUGACUAGUGGUGCUAGUAAAGUUGAACUCUUUUCUUAUGAUAAUAAUGUUUUUUUGGACUCCACUAAAGCCAUUGAUAGUGCUGUGCCUACUUACUGUUAUUCAUACUUAAGCGCUCUGAUUUAGUGGUACUCUUAUCUUUUUUGUUAUAGUGUUAUAUGCAACUUGCCACACAAACUCUCUUAAGCAUAAAUGCAAAUUUAGAAGCAAUGAAGGUUUUGAGUGAAAAUGCAAAGAAAAACCAUUUUCUCAAGUUGGAGAAGAGAAAUCCGGCCGUAGAGUACUCUGCAAUUACACUCGGCAAUGUAAAAAGUAGAGCUUCGUUUAAUUGUUGCUGCGGACUGCAUGUGUUAAGGCGGAUUCUAUGGAAGUUAAGAACACAGCUGAAGCAAUCUUUGGGGUGGCGACAAAGCAGCAUACAGUAUAGCUAUGAUAUACAUAGCUAUUCUCUCAACUUCGACGAUGGUCGCUACCAUGUCGAUGGACCAUCAAAGGGUUUUCAAUGAAAUUUUCUCCCCCAACAAUAACUAAUGCUUCACGGUACCAUUUGUCGUAUAAAUAAGGUUCUCUGAAGAUUCGGAGUGUUAUUAAUUGUUAACAAAUAGCUACUUUGUUUUCCUUUGAGAGUUUGGUAUCAUGGCAAGUUGUACUUUGAACAAAAUUUUGUAAUUAAUCAUGAAAACAACAGUUCCCUUUGUCAAGGUA